CUUCUUCCCUGAGCAGCAGCAGCAGCAGCAGCACGCUGAACUGGAUAACGUCUCCUUCAGCCGGCAGCACAGUCUCAUUUCUCCACACACCAGCUCUGAGUGAAUCCUCAGCAGGGGUGGUUGAGAUAUUAGCGCGCUGUGGGGGGAAACGGCUCAGGAACCUCUUCCAACCGACCUACAAAGAGCCGGCAGUUUGGAGGAAUAUGGGCAAAUCGGAAAGCCAAAUGGAUAUCAUGGAGAAAUCAAGUAAAGCUGCGAAGCGCCGCUGGACUGUUGCAGAAAUAAGUCUGUCGGUUCUGCUGCUGCUGGUGAGCUGUGCUUUGGCAGGGCUGGUCGUCCUCUACACAUCAGCUAUGAAAGAACAAUCAAACAGGCCGAAUGUUUCCAGGAGUUCAACAGGUGAAGGCCAGAUGUUUUGCUCCAACCUCAACAAUGUGUGCACGACUCCAGACUGUGUCACUGCAGCUGCUCGGCUCUUGCAGAACAUCGAUAACUCUGUGAAGCCUUGUGAUAAUUUCUACCAGUACGCCUGUGGGGGCUGGCUGGAACGGCAUGUCAUACCGGAGACGAGUUCCCGCCACAGCGUCUUUGACAUUCUGAGGGACAAGCUGGAGAUUGUCCUCAAAGGUGUUCUUGAGACAGAGAGUGAGCAGGACAGAGACGCCAUCAAGAAGGCUAAAAUCCUUUACAGCUCCUGCAUGAAUGACAGCCUCAUAGAGCAGCGGGACGCUCAGCCCCUCCUGAAGCUCAUCGACAGCAUUGGAGACUGGCCUGUGGCAUCAGAGGACUGGAACACCACAACAGGGGAAGCCUGGAGCCUGGAGGACACGCUGGCGAUGCUUACGGCUCGUUUCCACAAGAAGGUGGUGCUGGACCUGUAUGUGUGGACGGACGACCGGGACUCUCAGCGCCACAUCAUUUAUAUCGAUCAGCCAGGACUUGGAAUGCCUUCUAGAGACUACUAUUUUAAUGACGGGAACUACAAAAAGGUUCGAGAGGCCUACCUACAUUUCAUGGUGUCUAUUGCGAAAAUAACCCGAGACGACAAAAACUUGACUCAGGAUGACGAAAGAGUCUUGGAGGAAAUGAUGCAGGUCCUGAAGCUGGAGACGGACAUCGCUAAUGCAACAUCACCAGCAGAGGAACGCCAGGAUGUCACAGUUCUGUACAACAAAAUGACGCUGGCGGAGCUGCAGAGCACGUAUAGCUUUAACGGUUUUAACUGGACACGGUUCAUAAAAGGCGUCCUGUCGACUGUUUCCAUUGAUAUCCAGUUGGAUGAAGAGGUUGUGGUGUACAGCUCUCCCUACCUGGAAAAGAUGAACGACGUCCUCUCCAGAUACAGCAUCCAGACUAUGCAGAACUACCUCACAUGGCAGCUCAUCACAGACAGAGUUAAUAGCUUGAGCCGCCGCUUCAAAGACGCCAGGGCCCGCUACAGAAAGGCUUUAUACGGGACCACUGUGGAGGAUGCUUCCUGGAGAGAAUGCGUCCGUUAUGUCCAGAGCAGCAUGGAGAACGCGGUCGGAGCGCUGUACGUGCGUGAAACGUUUGCAGGAGAAAGUAAGCGAAUGGUCAGUGACCUCAUCAGUAAGAUCCAGACGGCUUAUGUAGAAACCCUGGAGGAGCUGAGCUGGAUGGACGCACCAUCCAAAGAAAAAGCAAGAGAAAAGGCAAUGGCUAUAAAGGAGCAUAUUGGCUAUCCAGACCAUAUUCUGCAGGAAAGCAACCAGAAGUUAGAUGAGGAGUACGCUCAUCUAAACUACAGUGAGGAACACUACUUUGAGAACAUCUUGGAGAACCUUAAAUCUGAAGCACAGAAGAGUCUGAAGAAGCUCAGAGAGCCAGUGGAUCCUGAUCUGUGGAUCAUCGGUGCUGCUGUGGUGAAUGCAUUUUACUCACCAAACAGAAACCAGAUAGUGUUUCCAGCAGGAAUCCUGCAGCCGCCUUUCUUUAGUAAACAUCAGCAUCAAGCUCUUAACUUUGGGGGAAUAGGAAUGGUUAUCGGACAUGAGAUCACUCAUGGAUUUGAUGACAACGGGCGUAAUUUUGACAAAGAUGGCAAUAUGCUGAACUGGUGGAGCAAUUACUCUGCUGACCACUUUAAGGAGCAGUCACAGUGCAUGGUGCAACAAUAUGGCAACUUCAUCUGGAACCUGGCAGGUGGACAAAAUGUUAGUGGAAUCAGUACUUUGGGGGAGAACAUUGCAGACAACGGAGGGGUUCGUCAAGCCUAUAAGGCUUAUCUAAAGUGGGUGGAAACAGAAGGCGAAGAACCUCGACUGCCUGGUCUAGACAUGGAUCAUAAACAACUUUUUUUUCUAAACUUCGCUCAAGUGUGGUGCGGUGCCUAUCGGCCUGAGUACGCCAGCCAGUCCAUUAAGACGGACUCACACAGUCCGCUAGAAUACAGAGUGCUCGGGUCUCUCCAGAACUUCGAGGCCUUCUCAGAAGCCUUCCAGUGCCCGAUAGGCAGCCCUAUGAACCCUGAGCAGAAAUGCCGCGUCUGGUAGAAAUCCCAAAACUCUUUACCUUCGGCAACUUAAAUCAAAAGAACAAGUUUUGCUUUUUAAGACACAAAUGAUUCAGAAUUUAUCUGAUGCAGAGCGAUGACGCAAACUUAGAUUCCGACGUGUAGAUGUAAAAAACCUGUAUGAUAUCCUGGACUACACCCUUGUUUCUCCUCUCAAGCAGGAAGAGUUGUCUCUUGCUAGCCGAGGUCACUUGUUCUUUUUCUUGUGCAAUACUAAUGAAACCAAGUGGGUAGAUGAAUAAAAAGUCUACAUUUAAAAACAUAAACCCUUCUGAGAGGGUUAAAGCCUAAAGCUUUUGAUGAACAAACCAUUAACAUGUAUAUUUUAUAAACAUCUUUCUGAUUUAUCUGGAAACAUCUCAGCACAAAGUUGGCUUUGUUAGGUCUAAUAUAUUGAUUCUUAGGACAUUUAGAAUAAAAAAAAACCGAUAGAACAAAUUUAUUUUUGAAAGGCUAUGAAAUAAAUGAAGGAAGCUUUGCUAAAGUAAAGCUACAGUGAAUUAAACACACUCAGAGGGUUUUGGUCACUGUAACGUGAAAACAAAUCAUCUAAAGACUUUAAGACUGUUAAAUCUUUGCAGCUUGAAGUUUUAAAUUAGCAUUAAUACAGAGCUGCAGCUUCCCAUAUUUUUUACACUAACUGUUUCUCUGUUUCUGCAGACGAUUGUUAGCCCAAAUUUAUUGCAAAAAUCAGCAAUAAACCACAGUUCACCUUUUUUGGAAGAUGCUUGCAGCCUGCAGCUUUAAAGCUUGUUCAAUACCCCUAAAGGUCGUAGAUUAUAAGUGAGCGGUUCUGCCAGUUUGGACUUUAAAUCAAAGUAAGUCCAGAUGCUUGAGGGUGGACACCUCCCACUUACAGUGCUUUAUUCACUCACACUUGGCUGAACAAUUAAAACUUCUGUUCAGCUGCCAGAUCAUCUAACUUGUAUAAUAUCGGCUACAGAAUCCCAGUUGAUUUGUUGAGAAGCUUCUCUCCUGAGAGGAAACAGGAUUGCAGGAGUUUUAGCCUCGGUGUUCGGCCGCUUACAUGAAAGGAAACGGAAACUCCUGACGUUGAAGUCUUUCGCCUUCUGAUCUCGCACUGAUCAGCUCUGUAAGAUGAAAAGAAAAGUGAAGUGUGCCUAAAUGAGGGUCCGCCGCCGCCGCCACAGGCAGCAUCACUGAGGAUUGUUGCCAUUAAGGAGACUGGCCAGGACCAGGACUGUUAUUUUCUACCCUUAUUAAUAGGUAAUGACAGGAGAAUCAAACCCGAACCAACAUCAUACUUCAGAUGCUGGCUGAGCAGAACUUUGAAACGCAGACAACAGACAGCUGGUUAGAAUAUUUGCUCUUGGUGUUAAAUUUAGGAUGCCUUGGUAAACUGAACAUGACUGUUAGGUCUCGACAGAGGCUGCAUUAUUGAAUGUGAACGCUGAUAAUUUAUAGUCCGUCUCUUUGUCUUCACCUCCUGGCAAAUACUGUUGUGACACGCGUGAGCGGGUAGGGAAACACAGAUGACAGACGGAUGUCCUCAUAAAAGCUGAUGUGUACAGCUAAAUAUCAGAUGCAUCUCAGUAAAUCGUUUUAUCAUCAUAAAGGUACUUUAUUUUAGUAAUUAAGUUCAUAAAGUGGAACCUUAAUAAAUUUUAAUUGCACAGAGAACGACAUAUUUCAGGAGUUUGUGUUAAAUUUGAUGUUUAUUACAAUUAACCCAUCGUCUGUAGCCACUUAGCAGAGACAGAGGCACGCAGGCACACUCUCUGUCCUGAAGGUAAAUUACAGAAACCAUUCAGACCACUUAGCAUCUAAAAUACCCAGAGAGAACUCAUCCAGGAUAAUUUAUGCCUGAAAAUGUUAAUAAAGAAAAGAAAUUGCAAACCUUAAAGAUUGUUCUUAUCCAUGUUACUUUGCAUCUUUUUUUUAAUCCUCAAUUUUACUUCCACUAAACUUUCCACUACUAUGCGUGGAUGUGAAAGCCUUGGAUGUGAAGGCGGUCUGUGUCUUCUCCAUUAUUUUUUAGGCCGCAACAUAAAAUUAUUGUGUUAAAUAUUUUGUUAUUGAUCUUAUAAAAUAGUGUAAGUUUGUCCAAAGUUUGAAUUUAAUUGCUAAAAUUAACUUUUCAGUGAUAUUCUAAUGUGCUGAAAUGCACCUGUCAAGUUAAUAUUUGACAUUUGGGAAAUAUUAUCCACUUAAAAUAUAAUUAAAUUUUAAAUGAAUAUUAAAAAUGGAUGGAUGUUUACAUUCAUAUAAUGUAUGAUGUAUGUAUGAUGUAAACAUUAAUAUAUUAUCUAAUGCUGGUUGGUGCAACUAGAGAGAAAUGUGUUGCUCUUCAAAGAAAGUUGUUUUGUUUUUCCCAAAUCUUACCACCAUAACUUCAGUGGAUUUACUGAUGAUACUGUGUAAAGGGAAAUAACCCAGAUGUUUUUUGUUUACCAUUUGUUUGUUAAAUUUUCAAAAUGCCAAAAAUACAGCAACUUCCACAGUUAUUGUCCACAUCAUGUAAAAAUCCUUCCAAUGAAUUUAAGUUGUUUUUCUGGUUGCAUAACCUUCCACUAAGAAAGAGAAAAAACACUUUAAUCUUAAUCUAACUACAUUUAAUUAGCUGGUGAAAAGUUGUAUGUUGUGAAAUAUAUAAAAAAAGUUUGUUUAGUUUUGGUCAUUUUUUAAAAAUCAUUAUCCUGUUGAAAGUGGAAACCUACUUGCAGAGUGCAUGAGACAUUAUUCAGGAUGACCUGAUUUGUCAAACAGUUUAUGAUACCAUCUACUCUGUAGGGACUUCAGAAGAAAAAUAGGCCCACAGCAUCACAGAUCCUCCACCAUACUUUACUUUGGACAUCAGCAUCUUAGUAAAGACCCUAUUUUUAAUUGAAGUACCCAUAGUGUUUAGCAAACUCCAUAUGGUUACGUUUGUGAUAGUAGGACAGAAAACAUAUUUUUGUGGCAUGAUAUCCAUACAACUGCUAUAAUGUUAAUUUGUGAUGGAUCGCUUCAGAGAUUUUAUUUUUCUCUUAUCCUCCUCAUUUGGUGUAAAAUCAAGAUAAACCUGCAACCUAAAACGCCUACAAACCAGCAGCUAAAGAAAUAUACUUCAAUAUAUUUAAACCCCAGGGAAGCAAAUUCCCUUGAUACGAGUAUAAAAAGUAUAUUUCCGGUGUAUUCUGUGACUUUUUAGGCUAUUGUCAAUUGUUAAUUUCAAUUAAAGAAGAUAUUUUAUUGCACUCUCCAGGUUGGAGAACCUUUAUUUUUGUGAUCCAUAAGUAAAGAAAGUCCUUUGUGUCUGGAGUUUAUAUAGUUUGUAACUGAACACAUUAAUCUUUAGAAAGGCUAGCUUUUUGUGCUAGGCUAAGCUAAGCUAGCCAUCAACUAGCACCAGCUUCAAGCAUCCUUCUGAUAAACUUCUCUUACAAAUAUUUCCCAAACUGUCAAGCAGUUUCUUUAAAAGGAGAAGCUUGUUAUGGGCGGAGGAAUCGGAGCUGGAGGCUAAAUUUGAAGUUGUGAUGCAGCUUUGGAUUGCUGGCAGAGGAUCAACGAGUUUGAUUCUUGUAUAUUUUCCCAUAAAAACAGUGCAAAUGUUCUUAACUGAACGCAGAGUAAAGAAAAUGUGAUAUUGUUGAUUGUGAAUAAUACCUGAGCCAAAUCAGGUAAAAUAGUUUUAAGUUUUUGUCUCACAUUUACUUAAAUAGUGAAAAUGUUGCUUUGAAAUCAAGUACAAAUGCAUUUAUUUUCUAUAUACUGUAUUAAUCUGUUUCAUCGGUACACCCUUCAAAGAUGAAUAUUUAUCUAAAGAAAUAUUUAUCAAGUAAAAUUGUUGCUUUGCAAGACUUCAGAUGUAAAAGAUGUUUCUAUGAAUGUUCCUGCUGCUAUGUAAUUAUCUAGACGGCUAUUUUUGUGACUCAGAUCUGUAAUUAUUGCUAUUAAAGUGACUGUCUCCACUGGUGCAAUAUC